AUCUUCCUCGUGGUCGUGGAGGAGACUGGUCUGCUUCUCUCUUUUCCUCUUCCCUAUAUAUGUAUAUAAAUAGCAACCAUUGAAAGAAACACUCUCAACUACUCUUUUUUUUUUCUCUCCCACUUUUGGAAAAAAGAAGAAGCAAAACCUCAGAUGAAGAAGGGAAAGGGAAUUGUAAACCCUAAUUUGAAGCUCUCUCUUCCUCUUCCAGCCGAGAUCUCCUUCGCCAAAUUUCUAACCGAGAGCGGUACAUUCAAAGACGGCGAUCUCCUCGUUAACAAGGAUGGAGUUCGAAUUGUAUCUGAAUCCGAAUCUGAAGCUCCUCCGCCUAUUAAGCCAUCAGAAACUGACGCGGACGACCAGUUGAAUUUAGAUGAUAUAGAUGCCAUUAAAGUUAUCGGCAAGGGUAAUGGUGGAAUUGUGCAAUUGGUCCAACACAAAUGGACUGGCCAAUUUUUUGCAUUGAAGAUUAUUCAAAUGAAUAUUGAAGAGUCAGCUCGCAAGCAGAUUGCAAAGGAAUUGAAAAUAAAUCAGUCAUCUCAGUGUCCAUAUGUUGUUGUUUGUUAUCAGUCUUUUUAUAAAAAUGGUGCCAUUUCAAUUAUCUUGGAGUACAUGGAUGGUGGAUCCCUAGCAGAUUUUCUGAGAAAGGUUAAAUCCAUUCCCGAGCCCUAUCUUGCUGCAAUAUGUAAGCAGGUGCUAAAGGGUUUGAUGUAUCUUCAUCAUGAAAAGCAUAUUAUCCACAGAGACUUAAAGCCAUCUAAUUUGUUAAUAAAUCAUAGAGGAGAAGUCAAAAUUACUGACUUCGGUGUGAGUGCAAUAAUGACAAGCACCUCAGGACAAGCAAACACAUUUGUUGGCACAUACAACUAUAUGUCUCCUGAGAGAAUUAUUGGUGACAAUUAUGGAAGUAAAAGUGACAUUUGGAGCUUGGGGCUAGUUUUGCUCGAGUGUGCAACAGGUCAAUUCCCAUAUUCCCCACCUGAUCAGGCAGAAGGAUGGACUAACUUUUAUGAGCUCAUGGAACAAAUUGUUGAACAACCACCACCUUUUGCACCUUCAGAUCGAUUUUCUUCUGAAUUUUGCUCUUUUAUAUCUGCAUGUGUAAAGAAAGACCCGAAUGAAAGAAAGUCAGCUCAUGAGCUGCUGGGACUGCCUUUCUUGAACAUGUAUUGUGAUGUGGACCUCGAAUCUUACUUCAAGAGUGCAGGAUCACCACUUGCAACGCUAGAACUUGUGUGAAUUCAGACGAAACAAGUUUCAAUCAGACUCUGAUGUCAGCAGAAACCGAAGUUCUAAGAGCAUGGAAGAUUUGUAGUUUUUGUUGUAAGUAAUGUGCAGGGCUUAUUUGAGCGGCUGUAGUGAUGACAAGGCCAAAGUUAACCCUUAAUGAUUAUCAAAAAAAUUUUCUUGCCAGAGGCUCGGAGUGUGAGGUACACCUUUAUUGCCGUGUUGUUAGUGUUUUUCAUAAUUUGAAAGGUAAUGAUGUCUUAUAUCAAGAACAAAUUUAUGAACUUCCUGAAUUAGAAUCUUUACCUGUCUAUUCA